ACUGGCAAUAAAAAUAUUGUGCGAUCUGUAAACUUUGAUCGUACUUUUGACAAGUCUCUUUUCGGCGAGCGGUGUUAACGGAACAAGCUCGCCAUCAUGGUGAACAACAGAGUACCGUCGGUUUUCUCGAAAACCUAUGUCACUCCCAGGCGUCCCUUCGAGAAGGCGCGUCUCGACCAGGAGUUGAAGAUCAUUGGAGAGUAUGGUCUCCGCAACAAGCGUGAGGUGUGGCGCGUCAAGUACACGCUCGCUCGCAUCCGUAAGGCGGCCCGUGAGCUGCUCACCCUCGAGGAGAAGGACCCUAAAAGGCUGUUCGAAGGUAACGCGCUCCUUCGUCGUCUUGUCAGAAUCGGUGUGUUGGAUGAGAAACAAAUGAAGCUCGAUUACGUGCUCGGUCUUAAGAUUGAGGACUUCUUGGAGCGUCGUCUCCAGACACAAGUGUUCAAGGCUGGUCUUGCUAAGUCCAUCCAUCACGCCCGUAUCCUCAUUAGGCAGAGACACAUCCGCGUCCGUAAGCAGGUGGUAAACAUCCCAUCGUUCAUCGUGCGUCUGGACAGCGGCAAGCACAUCGACUUCUCGCUGAAGUCGCCCUUCGGCGGCGGCAGGCCCGGCCGUGUCAAGAGGAAGAACCUCCGCAAGGGACAGGGCGGCGGCGCCACCAACGACGAGGAGGAGGAUUAGACCAAUAAAUGACGUUUUGAACAACUAA